AACCCUGUCUCCUGAUAAGAUGUUAUCAAUGACAAUGCAUUCCCAAAACUUAAUUAGCAAUUUUAAUUUCACCCCAGUACUGUGAUCUCGCUCUGCCCCCAUUUGCUUUGUGAUAUUUUAUUGCCUUGUGAAGCAUGUGAUCUCUGUGACCCACACCCUAUUUGUACACUCCCUUCCCUUUGAAAAUCACUAAUAAAAACUUGCUGGUUUUGUGGCUUGAGGGGCAUCACACAACCUGCCGACAUGUGGUGUCUCCCCGGACACCCAGCUUUAAAAUUUCUCUCUUUUGUACUCUUUCCCUUUAUUUCUCAGACCAGCUGACACUUAGGGAAAAUAGAAAAGAAGCUAUGUUGAAUUAUUGGGGGUGGUUCCUCCAAUAAUUGGCGAGGAGUUAUCUAGAAAGGACUGCUUUAAUUAUCUUCUUUAUCUUGCCGCCUACAGGGCUAGACUUUCUACUGAAAGACCUCACAUGUAUCUGUGACUUGCUGAGAUGCUUACCAGAAACAAUUGGGUAGGGAACAUUCCAUUCAGAUAUAAAAAUUGAUUCAACAAAACCUGCAGUGUUUGUGGAGAAACAAUGCAUUCUAAACAAACAUUGAUAAACUCAGUUCCUUCUUGUUUUUCUGUUGUGUUUCAUUUCAUGUUUUCUGCUUUGCUUUUGUUUCUAUUUCUCUUUCAACACAGUUACAGCAGAAAGUUUUCAUGGAGAAAUGGAAUCACACUUCAAAUGAUUUCAUUUUGUUGGGUCUGCUUCCCCCAAAUCAAACUGGCAUAUUCCUCUUGUGCCUUAUCAUCCUCAUAUUCUUUCUGGCCUUGGUGGGUAACUCGGCCAUGAUUCACCUCAUCCAGGUGGAUCCUCGUCUCCACACACCCAUGUACUUUCUUCUCAGCCAGCUCUCCCUCAUGGACCUGAUGUACAUCUCCACCACCGUCCCCAAGAUGGCGUACAACUUCCUCUCUGGCCAGAAAGGCAUCUCCUUCCUGGGAUGUGGUGUGCAAAGCUUCUUCUUCCUCACCAUGGCAGGUUCUGAAGGCUUACUACUGACCUCCAUGGCCUAUGACCGUUAUGUGGCCAUCUGCCACCCUCUCCAUUAUCCCAUCCGCAUGAGUAAAAUGAUGUGUGUAAAGACGAUCAUAGGCUCUUGGACCCUGGGGUCCAUCACCUCUUUGGCACACACAGUCUCUACCCUCCAUAUUCCCUACUGCAGGACUAGGGCCAUUGACCAUUUCUUCUGCGAUGUCCCAGCCAUGUUGCUUAUUGCCUGUACAGAUACUUGGGUCUAUGAAUAUAUGGUUUUUGUAAGUACAAGCCUCUAUCUGCUCUUUCCUUUCAUUGGCAUCACUGCUUCUUACGGCCGAGUCCUAUUUGCUGUCUAUCAUAUGCGCUCAAAGGAGGGAAGAAAAAAGGCCUUAAGUACCAUUUCGACACAUUUAACUGUUGUGAUCUUUUACUAUGCACCUUUUGUCUACACCUAUCUUCGGCCAAGGAAUCUCCGCUCACCAGCUGAAGACAAGAUCCUGGCAGUUUUCUACACCAUCCUUACCCCCAUGCUCAAUCCCAUUAUCUACAGCCUCAGGAAUAAGGAAGUCCUGGGGGCCAUGACAAGAGUGUUUGGGAUAUUCUCUUUCCUGAAAGAAUAAUCAUGGCCUUCCCUACUCCCUUCGUAUUUCCUCUUUCCAAGCUGAUUUGAACACCCUAGAGCAGGGUUGUCCAAUAGAAAUAUAACAUAAUUUAAAAUUUUCUAAUAGGUACAUUUAA